AUGGAGAUUUCCUCAGAUCCCAUGAAGAUCAGCCAGCAGGUCUCAAGCCGAAAAGGAGGCCUUCGGACCAUGCCUUUCAUUAUAGCAAACGAGGCAUUUGAGAAGGUUGCAAGUGUGGGGCUCCAUGCAAACAUGAUAUUGUAUCUGAAGAAUGAGUAUCACUUUGAUAAUGCUACUGGAGCAAGCAUUUUGUUCCUGUGGGGAGCCAUCUCAAAUUUCAUGCCCACCUUGGGAGCUUUUCUUUCUGAUUGUUACUUGGGUCGAUUUCGUGUCAUUGCCUUGGGAACUAUUCUUAGCUUUUUUGGAAUGCUUGCACUAUGGUUGACAGCAGCAUUGCCAACAGCAAGGCCUCCUCACUGCGGUCAAUACUCAGAGAACUGUAUCAAACCAACGCCAUCCCAGCUCGCACUUCUCUUCUUGUCUUUCGCCCUCAUGGCCGUAGGCUCUGGUGGCAUUAGGCCGUGUUCAUUAGCCUUUGGUGCAGACCAAUUUGACAAGCCCGAAAAUCCCAACAAUGGGAGGAUCCUACAGAGCCUUUUCAACUGGUACUUUGCUUCUGUAGGAAUUUCGAUAAUGAUCUCGGUGACAGUCACAGUUUAUAUUCAAACUGAAGUAGGGUGGAAUGUGGGGUUUGGUGUUCCUGUAGUGCUUAUCUUUUUGUCUACUGUUUUGUUCCUUUUGGGUUCUAAAAUGUAUGUUAUGGUGAAGGCAAAUAAGAAGUUGAUGGCAGGGUUUCCUACAGUUGUAGUGAUGGCUUGGAAGAACAAAGACAUUGAUUUUCCUCCAAAGGAUUCGGAUGACGGAGGGUAUCAUUAUGACAAGGGCUCAAAGCUGGUUAAACCAACAGAAAAACUGAGGUUCUUAAACAAAGCCUGCAUAAUCAGAAAUCCAGACAAAGACUUAAACCCUGGUGGUUCAGUUUUAGAAAGGUGGAAUCUAUGCACAGUUCAACAAGUAGAAGAACUCAAAGCACUGAUCAAAGUCCUCCCCAUCUGGUCCACUGGCAUAAUAAUUGCAUUAACUAACAGCCAGCACUCAUUUUGGGUUCUCCAAGCCAACACAAUGGACAGAAGCCUCACCAAAAACUUCAAAAUCCCAGCAGGCUCAUUCAGUGUGUUUGAACUCAUCACUCUGACAUUGUGGGUAGCCAUCUACGACCGAAUACUCGUUCCUCGAAUAUCAAAAUUCACCGGAAAACCACGAGGGCUUAGCCUCAAACAACGGAUUGGUAUUGGCCUAUUCCUUUCUUUUCUAGCCAUUGCAACGUCAGCAUUAGUGGAGAGGACGCGACGUGCUCGAGCAAUCGAUCAAGGAUUGGCAGAACAACCCAAGGCCAUAGUAAAAAUGUCAGCAAUGUGGCUAGUGCCACAAAAUUGCUUGACUGGACUAGCUGAUGCUUUCAACGCAGUUGGCCAAGUAGAAUUCUACUAUUCUCAGUUCCCCAAGACAAUGUCGAGCAUCGGAGUCGCCUUAUUUGCUCUGGGGAUGGCUUUUGGAAACCUGGGAGGGACUCUGAUUGUGAAACUUGUGGAUGGUGUUUCUCAAAGAGGAGGGAAUGUGAGUUGGGUUUCAAAUAAUCUUAACAAGGGUCACUAUGACUACUACUAUUGGCUUCUUACCAUUUUGAGUUUGGCAAACUGUUUCUACUUCAUUUUGUGCAGUUGGGCUUAUGGGAGUUGUGAAGAUCAGAAGUUUGGGGGGGAGAGAGAAGGGAUUGAAGAGGAAGGCAUUGCUAAAUCCAAGGAAUCUUCUCCCCAAAUAGACAUUGCUAAGUCCAAGGGAUCUCCCAUAACAUAUUAUGUUUGA